AUGUCAGUCCAGGGGAUAAAAACCGUCCCCGUGGACUUUGCCAUCCCGCUCAGUUGUCUGGGGAACCUGUACCGGCUUGUGGUGCUCCCUUCUGGAGUACGGGCGCUUCUUAUCUCGUCGCCCCAACUGGCCCAGGCGGCGGUGGCGGUGUGUGUGGGUGCCGGUUCUUUUAACGAUGGCAAAUUACCCGGUCUAGCUCAUCUUUGUGAGCAUAUGGUGUUUGCUGGACUGAAACAGUUCCCUAAAGCUGCCGAGUUCCACAAAUUAGUUAGUGACCACCAGGGCCACGUAAACGCCUAUACCGUGGGCCAACACACUACGUUCCACUACGAUAUCGAUACUAAAGGCUACGCUAAACAUACGCCGGUGUUCGAGCACACUUUGGCCAUGUUCGCCUCAUUUGUCACCGCCCCGCUGGUGCCGACGAAAAUGCUUGCAAAGGAGAUUGCUGCCAUCCACGGCGAACACACGCGGAAUACUAGUGACAUUGACCGCAUUUUGUAUCAUGGAAUGCGGCUUCUUGCCGAUGAAUCGCAUCCGUUUCACCAAUUUGGUACUGGAGAUAAAACUACGCUAUCGAAGCCACUGACGCUGAUUUUAAAAGAUAUGGUGGUCCAAUUUUAUCGUGACCACUAUGUGGCUAAAAAUACCACGGUGGUAGUAAAAGGGCCCCAACUGCUAAAUCAUUUACAGAAAGUGGUAUUUUCUUCAUUUGCCAGAAUAUCAUCCAAUGAGCCUCCAUUAUCAUCCCAGUCAAAUUCAACAACUACCACCACAUUUUUGCCUGGCCAGUUCCUUCAUAUAAAGUCAUCGGUCAAGGAAAAGCUUCGGUUGGUGUUCCCAGUGAAAACAGACUCUUCUCAACGCGAGUUCUAUCUUCAGUGCUGGUGUAAUCUUUUGGGUGAUGAGAGUGCAGGGUCGCUUGGCAACUAUCUCCGGCACGAAAAACACUUUAUUCUGGCCAUCUACGUUCACAGCAUGUCCAUCGCCGAUGGAGAAAAGGUAUUGUUGAUAGAUAUUGACUUAUUGGCGAAAGGCGUGUACCAUUUAGAUGAAGUGAUUGCCACCACUAAUGCCUAUAUUGCUCAGUUCUUAGGUCAAGUGACGCCCGCACUCGCCAGAUACGUUAGUGACGUAUUCUUCGUGCUUCAGUUGGGGUUCUAUUUCCGCAAUAGUACCGACAUUGCCGAUGAGGUGUCUUCGUUGGCUCGCACGCUACACCAACCACUACCGGCGGAAAACCUAAUCAAGGGGUUUACCGCCGUGUCUGACGAUAUUCGCUUGACCCCCGAGUUGGCUCAUGAACUCGCUGAGGGCGUAACCAGUGAUCUGCGAGAGUUUCUUUCACCUGAUAAUUGCUGCUUUAUCUACUUGGGAGACGAGAUCCAACGCAUGUCGUCCUAUCUCGGCGUAGAGGAACUGGCCCACGACCCUUACUACCAUAUUGAUUAUAGCCGUUGUCGCCUUCUAAGUGUCCCAACAUGCACCAUCCCCGCCACCGCUGGCUUCCACAUCCCUGAACCCAACCCGUACAUUGAUGAUUUGGACGGGUUUAACUUACAGAACCAUACAUCAACCUAUGAUAAUACGUUUGGGGCAGCUUCGGCGGCGGCCGAUAUACAAGCCCCAUUCUUAGUGGAAGCGCUGGACCAACACGAAGUAUGGUGCCAGCCGUGUUUAUGGCAACACUGUACUCAUCUUCUGGUCGGUCUCGAAGCCUCCUCCGUAUGUCUUGGUGGUGAAUCGUUGAUGGAUCUGGCCACCGUGCUCUUAGCCCACUGGUUGGGCGAGCUACUUCUGCCAAAGUUAUACGCUGCCGAGAUGAUUGGGUACCAAUGGGGGAUAUACUCUAACUGGAACGAGACGCCGCUGAUUGGAUUCCACGUACUGGGGCUUACUCUUGGUAUCCUAGGGGUGGUGGACACCAUCGUCACUGAAUUAAACCAGAUAUUUCAGUCCCUCGACAACUUACAAUUGACCAACAAGAUGUUCCGGGGGAUCAAGUCGAAGUACCUUCACUUUUUGGAGCUGAUGAAGACGAAGCUGGGCGUGGAACAAGCGUUGAUCGGACGGCUAUUGUAUACUGAAACUAAGGUACCUGACCACGCUACUCGCAUCCGUCGACUAGAGCAAUUGGGGUUGGCCGAGUUUAAACAAUGCCUCACCCAGUUUAGUCAGCAUUUGGGAUAUUUAAGGAUGUUGGUGCUGACUGAAGAAGGAGAAGCGUUCACCAGUCAAUUGGCGCAGACCGUACUUUCGUCCACCGCCUCCCUUUCCUGGAGUGAUCGAUGUUGGCCUCAGUCGUACCAAGUACUGAACCCUUCAACGUAUCAGAUUUCCCAGCCCAGUAUGAAUCCCGAGGAUCUCAUGAACACGGUGCUGUACUAUAUCCAUCUUGGCCCCCGCCAUGACCAGCAGAGUCGGCUUUGGGCGGAACUUAUAAACUUCUACAUUGACCAACACGCAGUUACCGAGUUACGAUUAAAAAGACAGCUUGGCUACCACGUGAUGCUGGUGUUUGUCAUGGCCAGAACCACCGUCGGAGUGAUGAUCGUGGUUUCUAGUCCCAUAAGUGAAGACACCCCAAGAGUGGUCGAUGGCAUUAAUGACUUUCUUUUGGGCUUAGAACGCAACCUUGCCGCUAUGCUGGAAGCACAAUUUGCCGAAGAGAUUGUCGACCUGUUCUCCGGGUCGACGCCUCGGAACAGCUCGCUUUUCUUCCGUAAACCGUCGGCGGGGCAGGUGGAUCACACUGCUUCCUCGGUGGCAGUGGCCCAUUGGAACAAUUGGGAGCAGAUAUAUAACCAUGACUAUCAGUUUCACAGCUGGAAUCAGUUGGUGAUGGAAAACGCUACUCGUGACCGGUUUCUCUCAGCUUUCCAGCAGAAAAUUACGCCUGAUUCUCGCAAGGCGUUCAUCGUCAAUGUGUCUCCAGGAGUGAGUGACGCCGCUCGUAAGUCCGUCAUGGUUAAUCGGAUAAAAGACAUGAUCCAAGCACGGGGAAUUAGGUUGUCAGCAGCAGAAUUGGAGGAGAUGAUCGACCCGAAUGAUACAAUGGAGCUGGCGAUGGAAAAAGUGAUGUUGCGAACACUGGGAACGGCCAAAGGGUUAUUGUACAAAACAGCCAAACUACUUAAAAGGUCACCCAGUCUGCUGUCAAAGAGAUCCAAGAGUGGCGGGGGUCAUCGAGCUACGGUAGCGGUGGACGCCAAUACGCUUCCUCGUAUUUUAGAAAAAGAUUUUACCAUCGUCGGUAUUGACAAGUAUCGAUUUAAUCGAGAUCUUGGUCGAAUCUAG